GAAAGAAUACGCAAUAGUGCUGUUGUUUCUUCAUUUUCUCUUAUUGGUCAAAGAAAUAGUAUCUGGUUACCCUGAAUAUUCAACUUGUAAUAUGGGUUAUCUCAAUUCAGCUUUGUCCUCUUCAAGUCAGGUUCAUUAUGCCGAUGAUGCACCUGUCACCGGUGGGGGUCUCAGUCACAACGGAAAAUUCAGUUAUGGAUAUGCUAGCUCUCCUGGCAAGAGAUCUUCGAUGGAAGAUUUUUAUGAGACAAGAAUAGAUGGUGUUGAUGGUGAAAUCGUUGGCCUUUUUGGAGUUUUUGAUGGUCAUGGUGGUGUUCGUGCUGCUGAGUAUGUCAAGCAAAACCUGUUUAGUAAUUUGAUCAGUCACCCCAAAUUCAUUUCCGACACCAAAUCAGCAAUAGCUGAUGCAUAUAACCAUACCGACUCUGAAUUUCUGAAAUCAGAAAAUAGUCAUAACAGAGAUGCUGGAUCAACUGCUUCCACUGCCAUUCUAGUUGGUGAUCGUCUGCUUGUUGCAAAUGUUGGGGACUCCAGAGCUGUUAUAUGCAGGGGUGGUAAUGCCAUUGCUGUUUCUCGAGAUCACAAGCCAGACCAAACUGAUGAGAGGCAAAGGAUUGAAGAUGCAGGAGGCUUUGUUAUGUGGGCUGGAACUUGGAGAGUUGGAGGUGUUCUUGCUGUUUCUCGUGCAUUUGGUGAUAGACUCCUGAAGCAGUAUGUUGUUGCUGAUCCAGAAAUCCAGGAAGAAAAAGUUGACAGCUCUCUUGAGUUUCUUAUUUUGGCCAGUGACGGGCUAUGGGAUGUUGUCACAAAUGAGGAAGCCGUUACUAUGAUUAAACCAAUUGAGGAUGCAGAGGAGGCAGCAAAGAGGCUGUUGCAAGAAGCAUAUCAGAGAGGUAGUGCUGACAAUAUCACUUGUGUUGUUGUUCGUUUCUUGAUGAACCAAGGCGCUUCUUCUCAUAGUAGCUCAGGGUAAGCAUCCUUCGGCACAAGGGUUGUGCAAUGGUUGAGUGGUGGAUUUAAAGUUGGAAACGUGGCAAAAAUCAGUUUAUAGUUGGUGAUAAGCAAUCCUUGUAGCUGUUAUAGCGUGUCGUGUCAUAUCAUAUCAAACUCAUUGUGAUCCUCUUCAAUAGAGCUUUUCUAGCUGUCUCUCGCUUCAGUAAUUGAGCCCCUCUUUGUAGCUAGGAAAAAAUCGAUGUGUGUAAGGAGUGUGGCUAGAGUUCUGGUUGCACAUGCUACAUGUAAACGAGGUUCUUUAGUCCAUCCAAUUCUCGUAGUGUAGUUGUGUCAGUUCCAUUCAAAAUUGUUAUCUACGUGAAUUUAUGGCUUGUAACAAGUGUAAUAAUAUAGAUAUAAGAAGCUCUUGUGUUUUUUCUUGUAGCAAUGUUUCAACUGUAUUCAUUCACUUUUGGACUGAACUUGAAAAUUAUGGAUGAGCACAUUUGUCAUGUG